AUGAGUCAAGACUUUUUUAGUGAAUCAUUAUAUGAAGAAUUUUCAAAAAAGAAUCAUCCAUUAGAUUCAUUAUCUUCACCUUUGUAUUACAUUCACCAAAAUUCAAAUGAAAAAAAUGCAUAUUUUACUCCGGAUCUAUCAUCAUCUACUACUUUUUGUUGCGCAUCGUCUCCACAAUAUAAAUAUGAUUCUUUUGAUGAUUUACCUACUUUGCGUUUAAACGAAUUAAAGGCUGUUUAUAUUGGACGUUCUAGCCAAUCAUGUACUCUUUCAAUAUCAAGGAACAAUAAAUUUAUUAGUCGUAUUCAUGCUAGAAUUGAAUAUCAUUUGGAAAAUAAAGCAAUUUAUAUUACGUGUUUAGGGUGGAAUGGCAUGUUACUUCAUAUCCAUAAGGAACAUGAACCAAGAAAAAUAAAAAAAAAUCAAACUAGUGUUGUUGAAUGGACACCUGGCAUUGGUCCUAUUAUUAUUGAAAUUGCAGGGUCAUUUUCUCAAAUUUUAUGGCCUAUCUUUUUAGAGACAUCAGUUAAUAAUGAAAAGUAUACUAAUAAGAUUUAUUCGUCUUGUACUAAUAAUGAAAAUAUUCCUCCAUUUCCUCAAGAAGUACACCAUCAUUUAGAAUUUGACAAUAAAUUAGAAAGAAUUCCUUUAAAAGAGUUAGCUCAAGAUGAUCUUAAAAAUAUUCAAAUCUAUAAUUCACCAAGAUUUACGGAUUCUGAUUCUUUACAACUAAUUUCCUUAAAUAACAAUAAAAUUAAAAUAUUUCCAAAUGAUACACAGUCUCUUUCUUUGACUUUAAAUAAUUUUGAUUCUAAGAAAAGUUUUAUUGAUUCUGAUUUACUUGAUUGUGUUUUAGCGAUUCUUGCAUUUUCACCAUUAAGUGCUAUACCUUCGUCUACAUUUACACAUUUAUUUCCUAGUGCUUUUUCAAAAGAAGAUAUUGAGAAAUGGUUAAGAAGUGUAGGGCAGUUUGUUGCAGAAAUAAAACGAGAAGGGAAAGACGCUGCUGGAAAACCACUUGAAAGUGAAUGGUACUAUAUUCCUGAAAGUAUAAUAUAUAAUUUUAGUUAUACUUUUAUCUUAUUUAAUUUAGAAGAUGAUAAUGAAGGAAGAAGAGCAAGACUGCAACCAUUUAUCAAACCAAUUAGGCAAUCAAGAAAAAUACAUAAACAGUAUUAUUGGAAAAAACCCAAAUUAUUAACCUCAAAUAAUUUAACAACAUUUGCAUCUCUAAAAAAAAAGAAUAAAAAAAGAAAAAAAAUUCAUUAA